AAACGCCAUUUAGCAGCAGUGCCUUCAAUUCUGUGGAUGGAAAACCAGGUGCAACCAUAUUUUGACACUAUAUGCACGUAUAAAUACGUGUUAGAUGACUCCCCAUCAUUCCGCCACCUCUCCACCUUGCCUAGCCUCCGUGUUCUUCUGCCACCUCCACGUACUGUCCAUGCAAACGCCCCCAAAAAACUAUAAAUACACCCCAACUCCUACCCCCAUUAUUCUCCUGCACCAAACACAAACUCUAUAUGCACACAAUGGCUAAACUCACACCACUCUUGGCUUGCUUUGUGGCUCUUCUUGUCCUCACCACUGCCUUCGGCUACAGCACCACCAUCACAACCACGGUGGUGGAGGAAGAAAACAAGGGCAUGGGCUGCAAGAGGCAGUUCGAGCAGCAGCAGCAGCUCUACCACUGCAAGAUGUAUUUAACUCAACGGAGUCCAUCUGAAAAAAUUUCACUCAGAAGUUUCAAGAACCUACAAACAGAGGAGCAUCUCAACGAUUGCUGCCAACAAUUGGAAAAAAUCAAGGAGGGUUGCAGGUGCAGAAACCUGAAGCGAGUUGUGCAGCAGCAACAGCAGGAAGAAGGAAGCUAUGGGGCUCAAGAAAUGGAAGAAAUUGUGGAGAAAGCACAGUAUCUUCCCAGUAAAUGUAAUUUGGAACCUCAAGAGUGCCAACUGCGUGCAGUGGUUUUCUGAAUUAUGAGACUUGUGGAGGUCGUUGUUCUGUGUAGAAUAAAGAUGUUUUCUCUGGCUCUUUGGCUAGUUUAAGGGGGAGAAACUGAUGUAAAAAGCACACAAUCUUGUGUGCUUUGCAGUGUAUUAUCUUUUCCUUUCAGAACUCUUCAACCCACAA